UAAACAUGUUUCGAGCAACGUUGAUUAUAAUUUUCACGUUCGUUGUUUUCGCUUACGCCGAAGAUAUUUGUGAAAAGCAAUUCAAAGAUUGUUAUGCUAUUUGCGAUGAUAUUAAUGUACAAAAUUGUAUGUUUAAAAUGUACACUGAUAAGAACAGGAUAUUUAAUUUGACAGUUUGCGACCAAAGGGAAUCUAAAUCUGCUGACGAUUGGGAUAUUAAAAAAGGCAGCAGAAGGAUUGAAUGUGCUUACAGUAAUACUACACAAGGUGAUGAUAAUAACCACAGGAACACAAUUAUACAAUCUAGAAAUAGUUUUGUGGUUGUAUAUGAUUAAUUAAUAUACUACUAAUCACUUUGAAAUAAAUGUUUUGAUAAAUAACAGUUAA